CCUUUGUGACUCCCGCGAGCACGUCUCAAUCCGCGUUCGUUGCUAGGAAACCGGAAGCGGCGCGGUAGUGGCGGAGCGGCCUACAAGUUUAGUGUGUGGGCGCAGACCCGGAAGAGAGGCCCGAGUGUUGCCUUGAGGGGGAUGAGGCUGGGAAGCGCGUGAACAACAGCUUGAGGCUAGUCAGUUGAAACAGCAAAAAAUACCAAAAGCCUUAUGAAGCAGCUGCGUGGGAAUAAAUCCAGGGGUCAUCCCCAAAAGAAGCGUUCUGCUGAUGAAGCCAUUUGCACCCCAGCAGUACAGACUUCUGAGGAAAGCAGAGAGAUUACCAUCCUCAGUCCUAAACUGUUGGCUCAAAAGCGAUCUUUGCAAGGUUUGAGUGACACGAUAAGGGGCCCUGGGGAAAGCACGAAUGAUGCCAAGAGACCAAAGCUGCUGCCUCCAGCAAGUUCUACUGGCCAGGAAUCGGAAGAUGAGGAUUCAGAUGACAGUGAUUUUGAGAGAGUUGAGAGCGAUAAUGAUGUCAGUGAUGAUACAAGUAGUGAUGAUGGUGAAGAUGACGAUGAAAUUGGCAGUGAUUCCUCAAAAAGCAAUAAUGAAGACUCAGAUUCCGAGGACACAAGCAAUCCUCUCUCAAAGCCUAAAUUGACAAAAGAAUUGGCUUCAAUGUCUUUUGAGGAACUGCUACAGUUAAGAAACAAGGUUGGGACCAAGGCUUAUCAGCAGAUGGCUAUUGAGAAGGCAGCAAAAAAUGCCACAAAACCAAAGAAGAGGCAGUCUUCAAAUAAACACAGGCCAUUGGAAAUAUCAGCCAAGAAGCCAGUACCCUUUCUGCGGCAAGUGGUGCCUGUUAAAAAGAAGGUGCCUCGAGACCCACGCUUUGAUGACCUCUCUGGGGAGUACAACCCUGAAGUGUUUGAAAAGACAUAUGCUUUCCUGAAUGACCUCAGGAAGAAGGAAAAAGAGGUAGUUCAGAGGCAACUGAAAAAAUGUCAGAAUGUGGAACAGCAAAACAAACUGCAACAGCUCCUAAAGCGUAUGGCACAGCAGGAGAAUGCUCAGAAGAAAUGCCAGCAGGAGCGAGAAAAGGAUCUUGCCUUGAAGAAGCGACAGAGGGAGCUGGCUAAGCAAGGGAAGAAGCCCUUCUUUCUAAAGAAAUCCGAUAAGCAGAAAUUGGAAUUGGCUGAGAAGUACAAGGAGCUAAAGAAGAGUGGGAAACUGCAGAGCUUCCUGAGCAAGAAGAGGAAACGGAAUGCUGCUAAGGACAAAAGGAGACUGCCUUCCAGGAAAGAUGUGUAAUCUCCGGCCAUGCCUUGGGAUGGGGUGCAGAACUGCUGCUGGAAGUCAACUGUGACUAAUAGAGUCCAGGCAAGAUGGCAUCCUGCAGUCCAAGUGUCUGAUAAUCUCUCCAGCUCCAUGCCAGGAGCAUCUGUUAUCUUCUGAACAAAUUGGAAUUUGAGGAAAAUUAAGCCCCCACCUCUGCAGAAGACUCUGAGGUGUGAACUUUUAUUCAGCCUCAGAGGAAGAGGCAGAGAGAAGUUGUAUUGCUCACCUAGUUCCCCCCCCCCUUUCUUCCAGAGGUCAGAUUCAGAGUUCAGCACACAGAGUGGGAGGCUCUUCUUCUCCUUCAAGAUAAUGCUUUUGCCCACAGCCUUCCCUCUGCCCCACAUUACGUAACUUAUACAGGUCUAAUUCUUCAAGUCUUCUCCUUCUUGCCUGCUCAGGGUCCCUCCCUUCCCUGUAGGCCAUUGGGUAGCAUGCAUAUCUUCUUGUUCCAGUCUCCCAAGUGUUGCUUGGCUCUGUUUCCAGCUGGGUUUUUUUUAGCGGGGUGGUUUCUACAGGAGCCCGCAGAACUCCCCAGUAAGAACAAUGCCUUUGUCUCUCACGUAGGUAAGGCACCAAAACAAAUCUUUCCUAAAAUAGUAACACUGCCAUGCCUACAGUGUACCAUAUGGAAGAAAGACAAAUAGCAUGGAGAAUUCUGUUCAUUGGGAAGGCUUGUAUAUUUUUCCACCUCCCUCAUGUUCUAGCUGAGGACAACUGCUUCCUUUCUUACAAAUGUUGUGUGUUGGACUGAAAUUUCCUAGACAUUUUACACAAAAUGUAGUGGAAUAUGUUGUUAACAAACAGUUUUUAUUUUGAUACAGUUCCUUGGGUAACUGGUAGAAUGUUCUGUAGUAACUAAUGAAAUCCAACUUGGUUCUCCUUUGCACUUCUUAUUUUUUCUGUUAAUUCUAAGAAAGAACCCCAUGUAUUCUUGGGAGAUAUGAGCACACAGUAUUGCUUAUUUCAUUAAAAUACAGACAUUUAUUACUGUU